AUGACGCGAAUCCUGUGUUCUGAUUGGCUCCUCAUAAGUCUUGAAAUUAGUCCAAAGCGUGGUCGAGGAGACGCAGAAGUCAGUACAAAUUACAACGAAUCGGAACUGAUACUAAACCGGGCGGGACGUAUUGGUAAGUUAAGAGAGGAUGAUAAAGACACUUUAUUUGUUGAGUUCAAGGAGAUUGUUCCUAUUGGAGCAGCAAUCUGCACAAGUUGUAGGCUGGAACACUGUAAAAAGCGCGAGAGAAGUGAGACUGAAGUGAUUGAUUUUGAUGUGCAUUUGGAUAAAAGCAUGGAACAGGACUCAGUGGAAUGUGAAGUUACCGUGAUUGAAGAAGAUCAGCCACUUCACGAAGACGCAGACGAGACUCUUUUGUCUCAGGCCUCUCAAAUCAGCGGUCCUGAGAAAGAAGUAAGCAUUUGGUGCGACGAGAAGGAAAUCCAAAAUCAGAGACGACAGGCACUGAACGAUGCCCUGGGAAACCUGACAAGUGGACGCUUUAGUCCCAUCCUUUCUACUUUAAAUGCCUCAUGGGACAAUAUCUCACCUACCCAGCAAAAGGACUAUAUUCGCAAGGGAAGGGGGGCUGUUGCAGUUGCGCUGUCAGUCAUUAGUCCUGGGAAAGGAAAAGAUCUUUGGAAAUGUAUCCAAAAUGAUUUAGACAUAAUCGAGAGGAACGAGAGUAGCUCAUCCAAAAGAAAGCAUUUCGACACAAACACUGGGCUCAUUGAUGUCUUGAUCAAAGCUCAUGAUCAAGAGGAGUCGUGGCAAACUAAACGCCAGAUCCUAUCUCUUUUCGCAAAUGACUUUAGCCGCAGAGAAUUGCAAACGUUAAUCCCUGGUUUAACUAAGUGGAGAAUUGACCAGGCUCGUCAGCAUGCCACUGAGGCAGGUUGUUCCCGAACAAACAAUCUUCCGAAAAAGAACCGAUCAGGGAAAGUUGAUCAUUUCAUUAGCUAUAUUUCACAACCACAGCUGCAUCAAGAUGUUGCAUUUGGAACAAAAACUCUUAAGCUUGACUCUGGCGAACGCAUUACAAUUCCGGCUGUUGUCCGGACCUUGAUUCCCUCCAGAAUUAUCGAACAGUACACAAGCUAAUGCAGAGAGCAGCAGUUUGAGGCGGCAAACACAAGUUCUCUGUUUAGAGUGCUCGACAUUUGCUAAGCGUCGAUGCAGAGGUCCCUUCAUGGGCUUCAUAACAUUAGAGCGGAAGGGACUGAAGCAUUUGACAACCUGCGCGCAAUCGUUGACACUUAAGUAGAA